AUGUUCAACAAGAAACACAACGAAAUAUUAGCACAUGAGCUUGCCAACAGAUCUUUAGGGCAAGUCAUCGUUGAAACUGGUUUUCUGGUCCUCAUAGCGGUCACAGCUUUCGUAGGCAACUCCUGCGUGAUCUAUGUGUUUUACAAGACACCGUCYWUUCGUAAAGUCGCCAAUUUCUAUCUUAUAGCUUUAGCUAUCUCUGACGUUACCAUGUCUUUACUUGAAAUGCCCUUAACGAUAGCCGUAGCCAUCACUGGAAAGGAUGUUUUGGGUAGAAAUAUUGGCCAGGUAUUUUCGAUAUUAGGAAUGGCACUGCUGUAUGGUUCUCUGCUCACCACAGUUCUGAUUGCAGUGAACAGGUUCUUUUGUGUCGUUAAACAAAAGUUCUACAAGAAAUAUUUCAAUCCUAAACCAGCUAUUGUAAUGAUUGCUUUGGCUUGGAUAAUUUCCUUGGGCUGUGUCGUAGUACCAUUUCUUGAUGGUACAGUGGUGUUCGAGUUUUAUCCAGGAAGACUGAUGUACUACCCCUCGUUUACUAACCACACCAUAGAGAUUGUUGUCACAGUCUUCACAAGCACUGGAUUCCUGUUUUUUCCAGCGUUGGUUGCUUUCUGUUACUGGAAGAUCUAUAAAACAGUCAAGGGACACAACGCAAAYGUUUCUACAACUCUUAAUGCUGGACCUCAUGGAAGAGCCAAAACGUCCAAGGAAGAGAUCAACGUUACCAUGUCCGUCUUACCUUUGGCUUGUGGAUGUAUUUUGUGUUAUUUUGUGAAUUCAACUCUGAUUCAUGUUAAUGUAUAUAUCAACCUUCCUCGCUUGGUUGAUAUGUUUAUGUUGUACACCCUUUUCCUCAACAGUGCCAUCAACCCAUUCAUCUUCAACGUAUUCAGCAAACCUUUCAGAAAGGAAUUUUUGAAACUGAUAUUUGGGUAUGGAUCGGUAAGAGUUGCAGUCGUAUCCAAGUUGGUCGAUAGUUCUCCUGGAAUAGGGAAAAAUCUUCCAGCACAAAAUCUGUCUUCCCCCGGCAUAAACCACAUAGGUCUUUUUUCUGAACAUGCUUAA